AAUGGGACAUUGAACUCUUUAAUUUAUGUCACCACACACCCUUCUUCAUCUCUCUUUGAUACCCUUUUGUUCUUUUUGGUGCUUUAAUUUGCACUAGCAAGGGGGUUGGUUUUAUUUCUGUUUGCUUGCAACAAUGGCUGUGGCUAAUAAGUUACUUUCUGUUUUGAUCAUUGCCCUCAUUGCCAUUUCCAUGCUUCAAACAGUGGUUAUGGCAUCUCAUGGACAUGGAGGCCACCACUACAAUGACAAGAAAAAAUAUGGACCUGGCAGUCUCAAAAGCUUCCAAUGCCCAUCACAAUGCUCAAGGAGGUGUGGCAAGACCCAGUACCACAAGCCCUGCAUGUUUUUCUGUCAGAAGUGUUGUAGGAAGUGCCUAUGUGUGCCACCGGGGUAUUAUGGGAACAAAGCAGUGUGCCCUUGCUACAACAACUGGAAGACCAAGGAAGGAGGACCCAAAUGCCCUUAAUAACCUUAUGCUAUGUUCUUCAUCAAAUUAACAAAGAUAUAAUAUAGCUUUAAUUUAUUAUAUCCAUAUCAUAUAAUUUUCUUGGUCCUUUCUAUGUCUUAAUUAACCAAAAAAUGUAUGUCCAUUUUGGUCUUAGUAAUACUUUGUUGUAUUGAAGAUGCCUUUUGGAGAUAGUGUGUGUGUGGGCUCCUCUGCAUCAUACCACUCCUUAUUAUGGCAUUGUUGGCUUUUAAAUGAAGUGUGUCUAAUACUGUUGCUGUCAUCUAUGGAUUUUUUUUCUUUUUUCUUUUUUAUCAUGUAUCUAUGGAAAUUCCAUGAGGCUAUGCUAUCAUUUCUCUUUUUCACUUUAUUGUAUGAACAAUGGCAAACAUAUUAUUAUCAUGUUUAAAUGUCA